AUGGUGCUGCUCGUGUGGUGGACCGUGCUGUACUGCCUGCCGCUCAUCGGCGUGACGAUUGCGCCGGGCGGCACCGGCUUCGCGCUCGGUCUCCUCUACGGCGUCUCCGUCCUGGGCAGCUUCCUUAUCAAGAAGGUCGCGGCCGGCGUUCCGGCGCUGCUCGGCAUGCUCCUCGCAGGGCUGAUGCUGCGCAACGGGCACGUCGCCGUCUUCGAUGAGCCCUACCUCACGGGGCAGGACCCGCUGCUCGGGCACACCUUCGAGUGGUGGUCGCUCACGCUCCGCUCCUGGGCCCUCUCAAUCAUCAUGCUCCGCGCCGGGCUCGGACUCGACCUCGACAAGCUCAAGACAAUGGGCGCGGUCACGGCGCGUCUCGCCUGCGGCCCGUGCCUCGCGGAGGCGGCGACGGUGGCACUGCUCGCCGGGCCGCUGCUCGGACUCCCCCCCGCGUGGGGCGGCCUCCUCGGCUUCGUCAUCGCCGCCGUCUCGCCCGCGGUAGUCGUGCCGGGCAUGCUCGACAUGCAGACGCGGCGGCUCGGCACCAAGAAGGGCGUGCCGUCGAUGGUCAUCGCUGCGGCCUCGUUCGACGACGUGCUCGCGAUCGCCGGGUUCGGCAUCUGCCUUGCCCUCGCGCUGCCCGAUGACGCCGUCCAGCACGGCGACGGGGCGCAGUCGGUCGCGAUCACGCUGCUCAAGGCGCGCGACGCCUCGCCCGCAGCCUCUCUCGCCCUCUCGCCCCUCCGCACACCCCUCUCCAGGCACACACCACAAGGCAUCGCCAUCUUCGGCCCGAAACUACUCAGCCACGACACGAUCGAGGACACGCAGCGCCCGUCGGAGCUCGACCUCGUAGCGGCUGCGACAACGCCCAUCAAGUCGCCGCCGCCGUCGCCGCCGGCCGACGAGGUGUGA